AUUAUUUCUUCACAUCGCAAGGCUUUACAAGAGCUGGAGCUGUUUCGAGUCCUUAGGCUGGUCUCGAGCCCUGGGGAAUACAUAGCAGAGCAAGUGCAACCCAUCAUCGAUCAUAUCCAGAAUCAGUGGCCCAUUUAACAGGGAAACAGCAGAUUCCCAAUCAUCCCCUCCACUGUAUAGGAAACACCCAUAAUUGCACCCAGCAAUGCUUUUCACUAUGGAAAUCUGAGCUCUUGAGCUACCCUUUUUUUUAAUUUCUUCUUCCUUUUCUCAACUUCCAAUAUAUAUAUAUAUACACCAGUCUCCAUCAUCUUCCCCCUCCCCACCACCCCAUCAUCCCUUUUUUUUUUUCUUGCCUUCUAUGAUGGAUCCCUCAUGCAGCACCUCUUCUGUCAAUGGCUUCUACAACUUUCUCAGCCAAGGACUCGAUGAUCUUGAUCGAUCCCUACUCUCUCAUGACUUCAUGUCAACCCAAUUCCUUCAACAGGUGCUUUCCUCCCUAAGAUCCUUUCACUUCCAGUUAACCGUUUUGGUUCAAAAACUUCACUUACCAAUAGGUGAAAAAUGGCUCGACGAGUACAUGGACGAAAGCUCAAGGCUCUGGGAAGCCUGCAAAGUUCUUAAAUCUGGUGCCUCCGGGAUGGAAAAUUACUAUAGGACCUGUGCCAAUAUAGAAACCUCCUUGGAUGGUUAUCGCAAUUUAAGCCCACAACUCAGUCGUCAGGUGAUUCGGCUGAUAACUGGUUGCCAGAGAGAAAUUGGGGCAUUGGGAGAGAAUAACAAGAUCUUAAUGCAAAAUAGAAUUCAACCUCUAUCAUUAUGUUCCAAUGAGAAAAUCUCGACAAUAUCAAAGUCCAACGGGUUCAAUGGUUUUCGAGGUGUUCUUAAUGCAAUGAACAACAUUAGCUCGUUGCUUUUGAUGAUCUUGCUUUGCGGACUUGUAUAUUGUUGGCCUGCAUCGAUCUUUUGCCAAGAAGGCUGCGAGGGGAAUGCUGCAUAUGGCUCUGGUUUGAUGGUUUUAAUAACCAGACUGCGACAAAGAGUUGCAAAUGAGAUAGAACAGAUUGAAGAGCAGCCGGGAAUUUUGCUUUACGAGUUUCGGGAAGCGAAGACCACUAUGGAGGAGCUGAAAAUUGAAAUGGAGACAUUCUUGAAGUAUGGAGGGGAGGGUGAUAUCCAUGACAGGGUUGAGAGGUUGAAGAGUUACUUUGGGUCGUUGAGAUGUGGGGUGGAGGCUAUAAUUGGACAGCUUGACGAUUUUUUCGAUGAAAUAGUUGAAUGUAGGAAGAAGCUUUUGGACAUGUGCACUCUUAGGUAGAAAGAAGGUCCGGACAUGUGCAGCUCUAGGUUGAGGGAAAACAAAGGUUCAAACAAGAAGUGGAAAAAUAAAAUAAAAAUGAGAGAGAGAGGGAGAGAGAGAGAGCCUCCACAUGUUAGUUGCCCUUUUCUUUUCUUUUUUCUUCUUUUUUGUUUCCUUUUCUCUUGCCUAUCUUGACGACACUUCGUUUUGAAGCCACAAUUAAACAGUGUUGAAGCUUUAGGAGAGCUUUUUCAGAGAAAACCCAUAGAGGGAAAAUUCUGAAGGAAAGAGGAUGUGAUUCUUGCUUACAAGAAAAGCAACAUUACUAUCCAAACAUAAGAAACAGGAAGAAUAUAUUAACAGGUAGCUAGUAGCUUGAAUGAAAAGCAAGAUUUUCCUACCUAAAGGUCAGAUUCUUCUCUAAGUUCUCUUAUAGAAAGGAUCCAGAUAGCAUAAAUGAGGUGAGAAAAGAAAACUCCCCUUUCUUGAGAAAAGAAAAGAAAAGAUGACUGUGAGGACCAGGAAUCACAGUUAAUGAAGUAGUUAACAUAUAUGAGGUUCAUGAGAUUUCUGUGAAACAGCUUGAGAGUUUAAUAAAUCAGUUUAAUUUUAUA